UAAUGGGUUAUGGUGCUUAAUUCCAGCUGCAUCUAAAAUGAGCUAAUAUAGUUAAAUAUUAUAUAAUAUAUGACUGCGUCUAAUAUCUCCGUGUCUGUUAGACUGCGCCCUACGAACUCCCUGGUCCAGGAUGCCGUGGUGUCAGUCAACGGAAGCAACGUCAGACUGUCCAAGAUGUCUCUGAAAGAUUCGAACUUCAACAGCAGUAGCAGUGAAAGAAACGAGGAGUUCACGUUCGAUCGAUGCUACUCUAAAGCUAACAAUACUCAGGAGAAUAUCUUCAGAGAUAUUGGCGAACAGGCUGUAUACGCUGUAGACGAUGGUUUCAACUGUUGUGUUUUUGCAUACGGACAAACGGCGAGUGGAAAAACAUACACGAUGUUUGGAACUGAAAAAGCGCAAGGUCUAACACCCAGAAUUCUAAACGCGUUAAUCAGUAAAAUUGGUUCUGAAAGUCAGUGUCAGUGUUCAAUCAAAAUGGGAUACCUGGAAAUUUAUAAUGAAAAAGUUCACGACUUGCUUGGCUGGCGACCUUCGAGUUGUAAUGUUUCUUAUCAACUGCCAUCUCUGAAAGUAAGAGAACAUCCAGUAGAAGGAGUUUUCGUCCAGGGUCUAACCAUGCACAACUUAUCAUGUUAUGACGAAGUGAAGGACUACUUGCUACAAGGCAACAAAGUAAGAGCGAUUGCUUCAACUAACAUCAACGAGCACAGCAGUCGCUCACAUGCAAUAAUCAUUCUCAAAGUUGUGAAAAGACAGCCUAAUCAGAAUGGAAGUGGUUUUUCUGAAGUUGUGAGCAAACUUCACUUGAUUGAUCUAGCGGGAAGUGAGCGAGUUAAACACACAGGAGCCACCAGUAAAAGACUCAAAGAGGGUAUUAGUAUUAAUCAAAGCUUGACAAAUUUAGGCAAAACCAUAUCUCUGCUUGUUGAGUACUCAAAACUAGACCCGCAAAAACGACAAGCGUUUCACAUACCCUAUAGAAAUUCAAAUUUGACCUUUUUACUCAAAGAUAGUCUAGGAGGCAAUUCGAAGACAUUCAUGAUUGCCACGAUUUCAACCGCUGCCUCAAAUUACUCUGAAACCAGAAACACUCUUCUGUACGCUUCCAGGGCUAGAAAAAUUGUGAACAAGCCACUUAUCAACCAAGACACAAAUUCUCAAGUCGUUGGAGAUCUCAAAAAAGAGGUCGAAUGUCUGAAAAGGCUUCUAGCACAAGCUUCACUGCACAAUCAGAAAAUGACAGGAGUCUCCAUAGCUACCGCAACGUCGACAAGUUCAAGUCCAGAAUGUUGUUCACAUAGUCAAGUAAUGCAUGAUCAGCUUAUGCGAGACGAAAGAACUAUCGGGGAUCUGCUAACGACUCACGAGUCAUUAAGUGAGCGACCCUUCUCUCCUGAAUCGAUAAACGGCGACAUAAAUACGAGGGAGUUUGGACCCCCAUUUUUAUGUCGAACUUCUAAUAGCAAUUCAUUCACUGAGGGAAACGAAAUGUCAGGCAUGUUCUUCCUCAAAGAAGGCGAAACAAAAAUUGGUUCCGAUGCAAGUAAAGUUGAUCUUCUAAUCGAGGAUGAUGAUGUAAACGAUGUUCACUGUAGUUUGUUCGUCGAAGAUGACUCAGCAACGAUAAUUCGUCACGAUUCAGCUUUCGUGGCUGUAAACGACGAGCCAGUUCUGUCCCAUAAGUUUGUGAAUCAUGGCAAUGAAAUCAGUCUUUCCGGAAGAACUCCUCUAGCUUUCACUUUCUAUUUCCCAUCGCAGCUUGCGACUAAAAUGUUACGGCAACAUCACCGCUCAUCCAGUCGAGCAUCUUUGAUGUCGCCGCCGAGAAGUGUGUCGUCAUGUAGCUCGGGAGCUAGCUCUCGUCCGCUGAGUAACUUAUACGUAGAUUGCAGCUCCAAUUUCAGUUUGAGUAGUAUCGGACAAUCUAACGGUUCGCCAGAACAUAGUCGAUGCUGUUUGUCGAUGCCUGCGAGAAGUUUCGAAACCGAGAGUCGGGGUUCGAUGGCUCCUCCGUCUCCGCAACCAUCGCUUCCGAUGCUUGAAGAUUUCUCACAGCAAACUGAAUUCGCCUGCUGUUCAGCUAGUGAAAAUCUCGUCAGCUUACAGCAAAUGCUUCUGGACUCAUGUGAUAAAGGAGUGAAGCAAAUAGUUGGGGAAAACGAGUCAAUACGAAGUCAGAUUGAGUGUCAGUUAGAUUUGAUCAGGUGUGAUAAUAGAAAAAUGGCACUUUUAGAGCAGAAACUAUACGCCGAAGUGGAAGAAGAACUGUGUAGUUUGAAUAAAACUAGAAAGAAACUUACUUUAGAAAGAAUCGAAAUCGAAGAUUUAGUUGACAGGGAAACGAACGAACUAGAGAGUUUGUCUCGGCUCACGAGAAGUCGGAACGCAUCAACGAGGAGUGUUUCGGACGAAGAAAGCCUGUUCUCGUUGGAUUAUACCGAAAGUACUUUAGAUCUUCCCUCAGAAGAAAGUUGCGAGGGCUACGCUCAAGCUAAGCAGGCAAGUUCGAAUCGGUACCAUAUUUUAAUGGAAGUUCAACAGACAAUGGAAGGAUUUGUUCGAGAAAGUUCCCGAAAUUUGCAGAAAAAAGUGGCCCUUCAGAAGUCAAUAUUGGCCGGUCAGAAUAAAUUAGCUGAAGUAGAACGCAAGCUAAGUUCAAUAUCGGAUAAAUGCAACUGGCUUUGUUCAUAUUGCGACAAGUUGAAAGAAUACUUCGAAGUUGAAAGAAGCUCUAUGCGUGACUUUGAGACUAAAAUGGGUAAUUUCUGUUCACAUGCUAAGCGUCAAUUGGAUUCAAAAGAAGAUGCAAUCAUGCAAACAAAAGUUAAAUUAGAAAGGUUCCGAAAAACAAGUUCAUGUCCCGUAAGCCCAGCCCGGACAGAAAUGAGUGCCAAGUCACCCUAUAAGAAAUGGUCUUUCACGCCGAAUAUUCGGAUAACCGACGAAGUUUUCCCAAGGAAACCAAGUCAUUGGCUGAGAAAUGACAUCGAAAUGUCGAAGCAAUAUCGAAGUGCAAGAUUGGGUCCGAAAGGUGACGAGAUGUUUCUGUCACCGCCUGGUUCAAGAGCGAGUCGUGACGAUUCGGGAAUUCUGUUGACUAGUCGCGACGAUCGAAGUGACAGUUCUUUUAGUGCGGCCUCAAUGCCGAUUCACAGUAUGAUGCCGUCGGCACUGAAAACAAUGCGGGGUGCCAAGUCAACUUUUGUGUCUGUCUCUGUGCCGAGAUUCAGACGUCGUAAAUCGCAUUACAAUUACUUCCACGAGUAUCAAAUAGACGUUACUCUACGUGACGAGGCCUGGACUGUCUUCCAUAGAUUCAGCGCACUUAGAGAUGUCCACAUGGCGCUGAAGAGCAAGUACCCUGAACUGAGGUUCCUCGAUUUUCCUCCAAGGAAGGCGUUCGGAAGUCGACUGGAGAAAGUUGCGGCCGAAAGGAGACUGCAGCUGCAACAGUAUUUGCAAUGUCUGGUCAAUUUAUGCAUUUGCAGAGUAGAUCAAACGGAAGAAGCUGCAGAUAGUUCAGAGAAAGAAAAAAGUCACCAGAGUUCAGGAAUUUCGAAAGAUUGCUUAAUUCAGCUGCUACCCUUCUUAGAUCCUGCAUUCAUUGGCUCACAGCAAGGACCAUCGGGGUCAGCGAAUUUACGCGCAAGUGAAUUUUCAGUUGAUUUGUGAAUUCUCAGCUCGAACAUAGUGUAAUUAGAAAUCUAUCUAAUUCUGAAAAUUAAUUUUGUACAAAUUUUAUAGCUUAAAAACAAUAGAGAAAAUUUUAUGCGCUCAUAGUUGUUACUUAUGUAUUGAUUGCUAAAUGUGCUAUUAGAGUUCAGUUGCGCAAAAUUGUUAGAUGAAUUUCGUUGACACCUUUUCACAGAUUUCAAAAUUUAGCUUGAGACUCAAAGCAUGAACUGUAAAUGUCAUAAUGUUCAUUAAUUAGCUUGACUUUGUUGCUGCGCAAUUUUAUGAUAUUUCAAUCAAAUGUCAGAGAACACAAUUGUAUCUUGAAAUUGCUAGUGCUUCAACCAUGUGGCUCACAUAGAUCAGUUUUGUGUAAAUAAUUUUUGAGAAACAUCCCAAUUAUUUACUCAUCAGCAUCGCCAAAGGACGAGAUCGUCAAGGUGUGCUAAUAUCCCCCAAAAAGAGCAGUUGAAUACAUA